UAUAUUUUGGUCCUAAAGCCUUAACAUAGAAUUGAAUUGAAUUAUUUUGAUUGUUAUUUCAUGCAGCAAGUAGUGUGAUUUUGCCUUCUAGAAGUCGUAGUUUAAUACUAAAAUCGAGCAAUAAUGAUCGCCAGACCCUGGACGGACGAUUUGCCGAAAUGUCGAAAUACCUGCGUCGCCUCGUACUUCUCGCCUUUAGAUGGGACUAACAGUUCAAAUGACGACUAUCUCUGUUUUUACUGCCAGACUGAGGAUAAUGCCUGUCUAUAUGGUGUUUUUGAGCCACACAAUGGGCUAGAAGCUGCCAGGUUUAUAAUGCAGAGGAUGGCUGCUGAACUUCUCUUUCCUCCCCCAUCUAUGAAUAACACGGAUGAAGAGAUAAGGGAAAGAUUGAGAAAUGCAUUUGUGUCAGUGGAGAAGGCAUACAUUGAGAACUACGAUGGUAUGAUAGCUGAGAGGACAAGCCUGCAAUAUAGACUGCAAUUAUUGAACGCACACACUGCACAGAUGAACCCGAAUUGCGAGAACAUUCUCCAGCGUCUCAAGGAGAUCGACCAGCACCUUUCCGGUGGAGCCACUGUGGUGGUAGCCCUUGUCCAGAACAACAAGCUGUACGUCGCCAACGUGGGUGAGACGCGCGCGUUGCUGUGCCGCACUGACGACAACGCUGUGCUGCGAGUAGUGCAGUUAACUCAGGACCACAGCUUGAAUAACGAAGACGAGCUGUUGAGGCUCUCUCAGCUCGGCUUGGAUGUCAACAAACUUAGGAACGCCCAGUACUUAGGCAAUCAAACUGGCACUAGAUGUCUGGGCAACCAUCUAGUCAAAGGUCUGUACAAAGCGUUCCCGUCUAUAAGCGCAGCAUCGACCGAGCCCGUUGUGGCAGCCCCGGAAAUACAUGGACCCAUUGCAUUGGACGAAUCCUGCAGAUUUCUUGUCCUAGUCAGCGCAGGCGUAUACAAGAGAAUACAAGAGGUCAAAGGGAACAGUGAGCAAACAAACAAACAGCUGUCACAAAUCAUAGUCGAAAGCUUCCGUAAACAAAACGACUUCAAGAGGGUCAGCCAAUUUGUUCUAGAAGAAAUCGAGCAAGAGUUCCUAACAUACUGCGCUAGAAAUAGUUUAACACCAAAACCUAAUACGCAUGUGACAUUACUUAUUCGUAACUUCAACUUCCUACCUCCCAUUCCCCAAAACGACUCGAGUACGACGGUGCAAAAACAAAACGCAGUACGUUUCAAUCCGAUUGUUCAAUCGAAAUCGAAUACGUUGCUAAACGAAAUCGAUUCCGACGUUUAUUCUUCCGGUAACGAUGUGGAGACGAACGAUUCGAAUAUCGAUACUAAUCGAUCUAUCGAAUCGUCUUCCGAUAUUUAUCCGAACCGACCAUACGAUAAAGAUAGACGCAUCAAAGGCUACGUCGAUUUCUCUUGCUAUCAUGAAAAUGUUGCUAAGGCAAGAAAAAGUAGGACGCUGCCUAGUUUUAUUAAAUAAAUGUUUAUAUAUACA